AUGCAGAUAUUGGUGCGGCACCCAGGUCAUCUGAAGAUGAAGAAAGACGUGGGACGCUGCUGCUCAAUACUCUUCUGCUUCGCAAUCACCGUUUGUGCCACGGAGCAUUGUGAGGAGGACCUCGGCACCUGCCCACUUGCCGACUUGCAGCUGCUGCAAGUGAGCCAGGCACUGGAUGUCCCUGCAGAGCAUGUAGAAGCUCCGCGGGAAGUCCGGGACCUCUUCCAAGCCAUUGGCUCCGCAGAAGCUGCGGCUACCUUGCAGCCGGGGCUCAUCGCAGAGCGAGUGUUCGAGGAGCUGUAUGUCUCCGCUUCCAAGCAGCACCCGGUGGUGCUAACACAGAAGACCGCCACAGCUACCGUGGGCACAGAGACCAUCUGCAUCAUCGUGGGCGCGGUCCUCCUGGCGGUUCUUGUGUGUCUGAUCUUCUGCUGCUUCCGACCAUCCGUGUCCUACGACGAGGCGGCCAACAAGGAUGGCUUCCUUCCCGCUGGCGCCUCGACCCUCCAGCGACCGAGGGCCAGCAAGGCCGACUGCUGCUGA